AUGGAUUCGAAUGAAGAAAUUGCAUUUUUCAUUUUACUAUGUUGCUAUUGGUUGAAUCCAGCAUCCAAUAGAAUUGGAAGGGCAAUGGAUAAUGAUUCGGAAAUGACCGGUCAUCAACAUACUCAAGAAUUGUUACAUGGAACUUCCACACAAUGUCAUGACCUGAUGCGUCUUCCACGUGAAGUGUAUGUAUUUUUAUGCAAUCAUUUUAGACGAAACAAUUGGUUGCAAAGUAGUAAGCAUAUAAGCAUUGAAGAAAAGAUGGCUAUGUUCUUGACACCUAUAGCACAUAAUAUAUGGUUUAGGAUUAUCAAACGAAGGUUUCAACACUCCACAAAAACAGUUCAUAGAUGCUUGCAUGAGGUGCUAAAUGCAAUGAUGAUUUUUACAAAAGAAGUUAUAGUGCCAACAAAUUGUAAUGCAACCGUGAAUUCAUUAGAGAGACAUCGUAGGCUAAAAGAAAUCUUUCCUGGAGCAACAGGUGCGUUAGAUGGAACUCUUGUACAUACAGUCGUGCCUGCUGAUCAACAAACUCGCUACAGGGGACGAGGAAAAGAUAAAUAUUACCUUUGCGAUGCUGCAUACACCAACACUCGUGGAUUUAUGACUCCUUACCUUAACACGAGGUAUUGGUUAGCCGAUUUUCGACGACGGCGUGCGUUAACUAAGGAAGAAAAAUUCAAUCAUGCACAUGCGCAACUCAGAAAUGUUAUUGAACAUGCUUACGGUAUUUUGAAGGCGAGAUUCCCAAUCCUAAAGCGAAUGACUCAUUUUCCUUUUUCAGUGCAAAGAGAUAUAGUCAUUGCUUGUUUUGCAGUCUAUAAUUUCAUAAGGAAAUGCGAUAUUCAUGAUAAGUUAUUUAUGACAUUCAAGGAGAAUAACGGUCAAACACAAGGGGGAGAGAAUGAUGGCCAAAACGUAGACGAUAUGGAAUGGGGUUUACAAGGCAAUGAAUACGUAGAUAAUUUGCGUGACCAGAUUGUGAAUGAAUUGGGGUCAAAUUAA